UGUAGUCUUGAGGGGGGGUGGGUCCAUUCACUGCGCAGACAGGCGGCCAGCAGCCUCUCGCCUCCUCCUCCUCCACAACAACACGGGACAAGAGGAAGAAGGACGGCGGGAGGGGAGUGUGGAGGCACCGGAGUGCAAAUCUGGACACACUCAGCGGGAAAAUGACGAUGUCCGUCCCGGAGAGGAAGUCAGGCUCGGAGGGGAAGGAGGAGGAGAGCGAGGAUGAGAGCGAGAUCCUGGAGGAGAGUCCGUGUGGCCGCUGGCAGAAACGGAAGGAGCAGGUCAGCCAAGGUAAUGUCCCAGGUGUGGAGAGCGCCUCUCUGGCCAUGGACACAGAGGAAGGUGUUGAGGUGGUGUGGAACGAAGUUCUCUUCUCUGAUAAGAAGGUCUUCAAAGCCCAGGAGGAGAAAAUCAAAGAGAUGUUCGAGAACUUGAUGCAGGUUGAACACCCCAACAUAGUCAAGUUUCACAAGUACUGGCUGGACAUGAAGGAGAGCCAGGCUCGGGUGAUUUUCAUCACUGAAUAUAUGUCAUCAGGCAGUCUGAAGCAGUUCCUGAAGAAGACAAAGAAGAACCACAAGACCAUGAAUGUGAAGGCCUGGAAGAGAUGGUGCACCCAGAUUCUGUCGGCGCUCAGUUAUCUGCACUCCUGCGACCCUCCAAUAAUCCACGGCAACCUGACGUGCGACACAAUCUUCAUCCAGCACAACGGCCUCAUCAAGAUCGGCUCAGCUGGUGAAGAUGAUUACUCCAUAGACAUCUUCUCCUUUGGCAUCUGCGCUCUAGAGAUGGCGGUGCUGGAAAUCCAGGCCAAUGGAGAUAGUGCUGUGUCUAAGGAAGCCAUCGUCAAUGCAGGUCAAUCUCUGGAAGACCCCCUCAUGAGAGAGUUCACGCAGUCAUGUUUGCGCCACGACCCCAAGUUCCGUCCCACAGCUCACGACCUCCUGUUCCACAGAGUCCUCUUCGAAGUCCACUCCCUCAAACUGCUCGCUGCCCACUGCCUCAUCAACAACCAGUAUUUGCUUCCGGAAAACUGUGUGGAAGAGAAAACCAAGUCAUUUGACCCCAACGCCAUCAUGGCAGAGAUUAAACAUGACGACAGACUUGGAGUUCAGCUCAAAUACUCUCAUGUUUCUCCUUUGGAACUUGACAAAUUCCUGGAGGAUGUCAAAAACGGGAUUUACCCGCUGAUGAACUUCGCCUCGUCUCGGCCUCACCCCGUCCCUCGAGCUCUGUCCUUGUCUCAGGAGCAGGUUGAGACUGUGAAGUCGCCGACUCCCGAACCCCAGGAGACGGAGACGAGAAAGGUUGUUCAGAUGCACUGCAACUUGGAGUCAAACGAAGAAGGGACCAAAACUCAUCUCUCUUUGUUUCUGAAGAUGGAUGAUAAGCUUCAUAGGCAGCUUAGCUGUGACAUCUUUCCAACGGAUUCCCCGAAAGACCUCGCCAGUGAACUUGUUCACUACGCCUUCAUAAAUGAGGAGGACAUUGAGAAGGUGGCUGGGUUCCUGGAGGACGCCAUCAACCGACACCGAGUUCGAGCGCUCGCGGCUGGGAGCACACAGUGAGGACGGGGUCACACGGCGGCGACGGCUGGCCCAAACCAAAGGGCCUCGGGGGUAUUGACCACACAGGUGGAGGAAGGUAGAGGGCAGGAUCACACAGCCGUAAACGCAAGGAGCAGAAGAGACAGCUGGGAGACAAAAUGGGACAAACGGAUGCUGAGACUUGGAAGUCGAAACAUUUUCCCAGUUAGAUGGAAGGAAAACGCCAGCGGCGGGAAGGAAAUCGAUGGCACCUCUGAUUGUUUUCCAGAGGCUUCACGGCUGAAUCCAGCAACCCCACAGAGCAGUGGAAGCUCCACAACAUCCCUACCUUCAAAGGGCUACCACGCCUUAAGAUAUCCUGAAACUUAACGUUUUCCAUAACAAAACCGUGUUACUGACAGCAGCUAACGUUCCAGAAGGACAUUUUACUGUUCCAUGCCUCAUUUUGCACUCAAGUGCCCAUUUUUAAUAAUUCACACUGACUUGUAAACAAAGUGAUGUGCUAAAGCAUCUCUCCCCUGCAAGCCUUCAGUUCAUCACAGUUUCUGGAAAUUCAUAUUCCGUCCUACGUGCACUGUUAAAGCUCACUCAGUUAUUUAUUUCUCUUCGUAACUGUAAGCAAUCGAAUCAUUGCGCAGCUCUCUCGACUACUUCCGUUGUCUUUUUGGUGAACGAAAUAAGCCCUCCCUUCCCCUGCUUGCACAUGUGCAGCUCAGCAUGCCACUUUAACUGCAUCUAAAGUGACGAGCUCUGAGGUGAAGCCGCUGUUAGGCUGUAGUGCACAAGAGUGUGUUAAAGUGUUCAGAAAGCCAAAGACUUGCAAAGUGCCUGGUAUGGCAGCUUUGGAGAACAAGCAUCAAACCCACCGUCACAAUUUGGAAAAUAAUCUCGUUAGGCUCAAAUUUUGUUGGAAAAUCUGCUCUGAGCUUUCAGCCUCGCUCACGUUUUUAGCGUCACGCCAUAAAAGCAGCCUGUAUGAAUGUUCAAGUGAUCUUCACUCCCUGUUCGAGAGCUGAAGUCUUUUAUAACGGACACAAAGAUGGGAUCGUUUUUGCUCUCUGUUGCAGUUGUUGAGGUAGGAAGCUCUGCAGGACGUCAAAGGAAACUCGGGAAAACAUCAGAGUUCGAUUUCACCACAGCCUGAAACACACGACGAGAAGUAACAAGAAAUAAAUUAGAUUACCAUUUAAAAAGGAAGAAAUUGCUAUAUUACUAAUAAAUUCACUACUAUUUUCAUAAAUUUAAAUUGUACAUAUAUCUAUGGAUACAUUAUCUAUGGAUAAUGAAAAGGCAAAUCUACCCAAAUCUUAAUGCAUUACGUUUUCUGCUUUGACUUUAUUUUGCAUCCAACAGUGUUAGUUUGAUCUUGAAUAGUAAAAGCAGGUUCACUUUUCAUAUCUGUUGUGCUUAAAUUUCAAAUAUUAAUGUGAAAUUUGGAACUGACCACACUGCAGACACACACACACACACAAAACAAACAAACAUCGAUUUCCUGCCUAAAAUUUUAAAAUGU